AUGAUUUUUUUCCGGCUUGCAGAGAUCCGAAAUUGGUGGGAGGUACCAUCGAUAGCACAUUUCUGUUCGUUGUUCCGUGCUGCCUUCGGACUGACUGACUUCGAAAUUGAGGUAACAAAAUCUUUCUAUUACCAGUUGAACAAGUCGUGUAUUUCUUUUCUUAUCACUUCCUGAGAAUUUAAUUCUAAAGACUCAGUUAUUACGUCCUUUUUAUUUCCUAAGCCUUUGACCUUUCUUCGCCCAAGUUAUUCUCUGUAUUGUUUAUUUAAAAUUUGAAUUUAUGGAGCCAGAAAACGGGUAGCGUAAAUUUAAAGUUUUAGACGGGCAUAUAUCGCUUUUACUCUGGUCUUAUUUAAGCUUAUAAUACAUUGUUUCACUUCCUUAAGGAUUUAGAAGAUGCACUUGUCAUUGAUGGUUCUAAUGAAGAGGGAAACAACCGAUUUUUGGCCGAUCUACACGCGAGAUUAUUGAGGGGAUUGUAUGGCAUAAAAGAAAUAACGUAAGACAGUUUUACUUUAGUAUUGUUUUAUUUUUAUUUUGUUUCAUACAGCAGUUUAUUCUUUUUAAAUUUCUUUUAAAAUGUCUUAACUAUUCAUUGAUUGGUUUUGUUUGUGUGAUCAUAAUGUGUAUGCCAUGUAACAAGAUUUGAGUUUAUUUCGUGUGCAAACGUGAAUGUUUCAAAUUCGUCUCACCAGUCCGCCUCAUGGUAAUUCGCCUCAUUGUCUAAUAAUGUAAGCCGUUUGCCCUAAAAUAAAAUUAUAGCGAACACGGAGUUGUGCAAAUAUUGCUCCCAUGUUAUUUUCGCUAGUUUUCAAAUUAAGUCUUUGGUCAAAAACCUUGCUAAGCACAAUUCUAGGUUGUCCAUGUUGACAUUCAGACAAGUUCGAUUAAUUCUCUUUUCAUUGUUGUACACUUUUAUUACGACCAUAAAAACCGUGGCUUGCAUUAUUUGUCGUGGAAUCUUGAAAAAUAUGUUUGUGUUGUUAAGUCUUAAUAGCGUGUUUCAAAAAAUAUUUUGCUCCUCUUCGAUUCACGCCGAGGAUCGAUUUGUAACGUUGAGGUUCGAAUCGCGUCUUGAUCGAUCGUAGAAUACUUAUCGAUGUUGGACGCUUCCUCCAUCAUUUCCUUUCGAAAGGAAACGUGGCGCUGAAAUAAAUUUUGCAAUCGAAGAUCUACAAAAAAAAAAGCCCUUUGGGGUGUAACAAUUUCACGCUUUCGACCGUUUAGUCGGCUAAUAGAAAACUACCGAAACUUGUGACUUGGUAUUUUGACACGUGAAAUUGCUAUAUCCUGUCGUAAAUUUAUGCCAACUAAACGUUCCUCGGUGUGUAGUGGAUUCUGUCAUAUUUAGAGACUCGUGGAAGGGGGGAAUUAUUGUUUGGCUAGCACUGCUAAGUGAAAAUCCUGUCUAGUUUUGUUGUUAUAGUUAUUCUUGUUUCGUUGUAUAUUUCAUUGGCUCGUGACAAUUUCCAUGUUUAUUUCAGGGCUGAGAAUUUUGAGCCGUAUCUCUCACAAGUCUUGAAAAUACGCUGGGAAGAUGAGUUAGGGAGGAAAAAUCCGCUUGCUGAUCAGGAAUACAGGUACAAUGCAGUGCUGUUAAAGUAGCAGUGCUUUUUGUCAGCUUGGUUUCGAUAUCCUUUCAUUGUUGAUCUGCAUUGGCGCAUGUGGCCGGACAACGAAGUAUUGUUUCUUGGCAGUGAAAUGUGACUAGACAGGUAGAAUUUCAUUUCCAAGUACGAUUUACGUUUGUCGUGGUGAAAUCUACCCAGAAAUUCAUAUUUCACAGUUUGGUUUUCUGAACUCUUUCUAUUUUCUGGAAGGUAUCGGUAGCAAUUAUUUCAUUCACUUACGCUGACAUUUUUAAUUAUGUAACUCGCUUGUAACAAGUUGUAUUUUUCGAUUUUUUUUCCUGUGGUCAGUAGUUUCCUAUGCGAUAGACGUUAUAAAAACAAAAAAAGUGAAAGAUUUUAGCUUGCAAAGACCAAACCUGGUGUGUUUUCAGAUAUAUUGUUUUCAAAGAUGACACAAAGGGCUUUCAAACAUGUUUUUGCAUAUAAGUUGUAAAAAUAUUAGUCCAAGGGGAAGGGUUUUUCAUUUAAAUCCCUAGCUGGUGUUUUUGAUUUGACAUUAUUGUUCCCAGUAAAUUGCAAUAUCAAAUCUGAUCUGGGAAUUCUGUCACUUGUACAAAGAUUUCUGACUUGUUCAAACACUCUGAUGUCAAGAUAUUUAACCUCAUUGACAGGGACUUAAUAAAUCUGACAAGCUUAACCUCACCUCAGAGUGGUCCAAAACCGCAAAUUGUUUCAGAAAAAUCCAAAUUUGAUUUCUGCAAAAUACAAGAAACCGAUCGUACCUUGUAGAAGUACUGUUGAGGUUUUAAGUGAAUGGUCAAUACAUAAGCUUUUGACUCCAAACUUAAAAAUAGAGUGAAAUUAGAUUCCUUAAUAAUUAUCUCUGCAAUAAGUGAAAGGAAUACGACAAAAACAGUAGCCAUUGUUUUGUGAUAAAAACUUCUUUGCCCAGCCAUUCCCAAUUUUGACAUAAAUUUUCUUCAACCAUCUCUACUCUUAUAAAAGUUCAUUGUUAACAGUUUCAUGCAAAGAUGUCAACUGUAUUUGCUUAACUAUCAUAUAUGGUCCUUGAAAACACUUAAAUCGGCCCUCCUGAGAUUUCAGGAUUAAACUUGAAAUUAUUGGCAUAAAGUUUGGUUAACUAUAAUGUUAUCAGAAUGCAGCACUGUCGUAAUUUAAUUACUGAGGAAAAAUUUGCAAGAUUAUCUUUUCUGUUUUAAGCGUUGAUGAUUAUUUACACUGUAUCAGAGUCAUUAAAAUGCUUCGUUUAUUAAUUCUUUCUCAUUUAUAUUGAUUUUCAGCAAAUUUCAAAUAUAGUAUUGUUUGAUUUUUCCCACUUAGCAAACUCUCCACCAGAGAAAAAGUUGAGAUCCUACAUAAUCUGUGUGACUUUCGACUUGAUGUUGAAGAUGUUCCUGAGCUACUCAAGGUAUUGAAGUAUUAAAGAAAAUUGCAUACUUGUAUGGCUGUUUAACUCUGACCUUGCACCGAUUUAUAUUAUAUAACUGUUCAUUGCAUGAUGAUAUCCAGCAAUUAAUACAAUAAUUUUUUACAUUCCAAGCAUAACAUGAUAGAUUAGCAGUUAAUUUACUUGUAUCACCAUGACCCUUUAACUCUUCGGUCUGAUUAGUAAUUCUCUUUUCUGGCUGCUAUACAUAAAAGUCACUUUGCAUACAGAUUUGUAUUAAUUUAAUGAAACUAACUGAAGGUUGGUAGUCUUUUUUCUCAUGACAAGAAAGUUGAUAAAAUUUUACUCUUCCAAAAUAACAACCCAAAGGAACAAAGAGAAAAAAUAUAGAACAUUUUUCCAUAGGUGUCUUCAUUUGGGUGCUCAUGCCCUCAAUCUUAACCGCAUGACUCCUAUUACAAUAAGAAUUGCUUUGCCUUUGACCUGUCAUUUAACCCUUUAAGCCCUAAGAGUGAUCAGCAUCAAAUUUCUCCUUGCAAUGUCAAUGCUUUGUAAAACAGAGUGGUCAUGAGAAUAAGGGACAUGAUCACACAAGAUGAAUUUGCUUGAUAUUUAAUCAAUGUUUUUUGUAGGAAUCAUUUCAGAUUCUAGCAGUUACAUACAUAUUAAUAACAUCAACAUAGAACUUGCGGUGUUGCUUGAUGUCCAAUAGGGUCUGGAUGCUGACAGCUUACGUGUAGAACCUUUGGGAUUUGACGCCGAAGGAAGAACCUUCUGGUAUUUCUACGGUACACGAUUAUAUCGAGAAGAAAAACCACCACAGUCAGAAAACAAGUCCAACAAGAAGUCCAAAAAGAAGAAAAAGGUGGAGGGUAAAGCUAAGAAAAAGAAAGCUAAACUCAAAAAGAAGAAGAAAGCCAAGGGAUCUUCAUCUGACUCUGAGGAAGAAUCUGAAUCAAGGUUAACAUUCAAACUUUACUUGCUAAGAAAUGUUUUCAGUGAAUUUUAGGUCAAAGUCAUACAGUACAACCUAAAAUUUUUAUGUAUUUUUUCCUUUACACAGUCAUGGUGACCUUUCCCCGGGCCCAAAUUUUAAUUGUUUAAUUUGCUUCAUGGUUUGUUAAGAGGUAUCUUAUCAUUGCAGUAAGUUAACAUGGCCCGUAACAGUUAGCCUGUGCCACUGACAAAACUAAACCUGCAGCUAAGUCUGUCUGCAAAAUAGUGCCGAGAUCCUUGAUCUGGACACCUACCUGUGUAUCAGGAUUUGACUACACACCAUGAUUGGCCCAUUAAAAAAGACAUUGUUGAUUUGCCAAUCAGGUUGAAGAGAAUUGGAAACCCAUUUCCAGUAAUUCGUUGAGUUUGUUGGGGGCCCAGAGCAAGGAUCUCGGCACUGCUUCACAGAUGUUACUAACCAGGGUUAGAUUAUGGCUUAGCCUGAGAAAACAGCCGACAUUUGGUGAUGCUACCACUGGUUUCCCAGCCAAAUGACUUCUGAGAAACGAGCGCAGCAAUUCCAUACUGAUAACGUGUCACUACCCAGAUCUGGGUAGUGCAUCUGAUUGGUCGUGCCGCAUGGGAAAUUUGAUUCAACCAAUCAAAAGCACCACCCAGAUUUGGGUAGUGACACGUCAUCAGUAUGGAAAUUCUGUGCUCGUUUCUCAGACAUCAUUCGGCGGGGAAAUCAGUGGUAGUGUCGCCAAAUGUUGGCUGUUUUUCUCAGGCUAAUUACUGUCUUUGUUUCUUUCUGAGAGGUAGAAAACCCCUUAAGGUUAUAAAUUUGUAUUGUGGUGGAUACUUCUUCUUGUCACCAUCCCCUUUUCUUCAUUUACUUUCACAGUAACCUUUAUUAAACUACCCAAACCAUUACCCUGGGGGUAGUAGUAUAAACAAAUAAUAGCAUGAUUUGUGUGUGAUAUUCAAGGCGUAAAUGCCACUCAUGAUAUUUCAAAAUUGUCGCAAAUUUCACUCGCCUAAUAGCUCAUUCAAUUGCGUAUAACAAUUUGAAAUGUCACUCGUGGUAUUUAUGCCAAAUAUCACUACAAAUCAUGCUAUUACUUAUACUAAUUCGGUUGGCCAUUCCCUAUGAGUGACCUCUUACACUGACUGUGUUAAUGUAUUGAUCAAAAUCAAAAUAAAGGAAAUUUGAAACUACAUGGCGAGCAAGCUCUCCAUUUAAGGUGGUAAGCAAUUCAAGUCAUUAAAGAAUGUGCAAGUGAGGGUCAAAGUGCAAGGGGCUCUCGCAUCCCCAAAUAUGCGUGCCACUUGCUUGCCACUUGGUGUUUCACAAUAUCCACAAAAUGGGGAGCUUAUUUGCAUGUUAGAAACUACAGUACUCUGAGAACAUUUGACUUGAGCUUGAUUUAAAACAACUGGUUAACGUAAUGACUGGCAUUCUUAGUCCAAGCAGUGAGCAUCCCAGCAGUGAUUAUGCUGAUGAUGAAGAUGAAAAUGAUGAGGAUCAAGAGGUAGCUUCUGAGGGAAAAGAAGAGCAGCAAAAACAGGGCUGCCCACUCUGGACUGUUGUGUGUUCCACUGAGGAAGAGUGGCAGCAGCUUGCUGAGUCAUUCAAGAAGAGUAAACACAAAGAUGAGAAGAUGCUUUACGAGACACUCAGUGUUGAUUUUGUUCCAGAGAUUGGCAAAAUGAUUGAGGCAAAGGUACAGUUGCUUGCAUUAUGUUGCUUCUUGGUAAGGAAAGAUUGAUUACAUGUAGCAAUGACACGUCUUAUCUUCUCAUCAAAGGUACAGACUGUAUGUGCAUUGCAGAUUAUAAUAAUAUAUCAGCUUGGAGAGAUAAAUAACAAAUAUCUACCUUAAAAGCUCUUCAAUGGGAUGUUUAAAAGUCGGUGAAAUUUACUUGAGGAUUGGUGGUUUUUUUUAACUUAAUACACAUAUAUGAGAAAGCAAGGUAGAGGAAAUUAUUUUGAAAGAAAUAGCCUACUUUAGAUAUAUUAAAAUUCUAACAUGACUCCAAGGCUUUAGGAUCAAAAUUGCAAAUUUUUCACAACGCUAUUCUCUGGCAAUUCCCGGAAGAGACUUGAGCACAAAGAAAACCAAACUAAAUAUAGAAAAAUUACCAGGAAGCUAUGGAGUCAUGUUAGAAUUUUAAUAUAUCAAAGGUGUGCUAUUAGUGAAAUCCUUUUACCAAUUCUCUGUAAUAAAGGAUAAAGCCAUGAGGAANGCAAUUCCCGGAAGAGACUUGAGCACAAAGAAAACCAAACUAAAUAUAGAAAAAUUACCAGGAAGCUAUGGAGUCAUGUUAGAAUUUUAAUAUAUCAAAGGUGUGCUAUUAGUGAAAUCCUUUUACCAAUUCUCUGUAAUAAAGGAUAAAGCCAUGAGGAAAAAACUUCUAAUGGAGAUGGCACCAAGAAGGGCUUCUGAUAGAAUAGCAUCAAAAGUGCAGGUAAGGGAGGAAGAAGAACAACAAGAGGAGAAUGAGAGACAACGAGAAAGAGAGCGACUAGCAGAGGAGAGGAAGAGAGAAGAGGAAGAGAGACAACGAGAAAAACAACAGCAGCAAGAGAGAAGGCAACAAGGUUAGAUAAUGAUGUUGAUAACGAUUUUAAGUUAAUGAUAAAAGUAGAUUAUUAUUUUUUAAUGAAUCAUAUUCAAUUAACUGGGAGAGUGGGACAAGUCUCAAUAAUUCCAUUUUGAGUAUGUGCAAUGCUUAUUGCUUUUUUGUUCCUUGUGGUUGUUUUUCUUGACUUUGCCUUUGGCAGUUCAUGCUUGGGAGCUGGGACCAUACACUGUAGGUCUCUCGAGGUUACUCAUGGCUUUCCUCCUUAAUACCCAUGGUGUGACAGGUGUUGUGUGACAACAGUAAAAUAAGGGGUGCUGUAGGGCUGAAGUGAUGCUCGGAUGCGUUGGUGAACUGCAGUAUUUCUUCUCACGAUAUGAAUAUCUAUACUUGAUUAAGAUAGUACCACGAUAUUAUGAUACGCUAAACUGUGCUACAUCUAGCAACACUUUGUGAAAUCACUGUAUUUAUAUUCCAUUCUGAAGCUCUGCAUUUCAGCCCUUGGAAAGCAUCUUAUGAUGGAAACACAUUAAAAAGGAAACCAUUCCUGCUUUGUAUGUCUUAUCUUAUUCAUGAAUGAUUAGGGAUAAGAAGGCAAAGAAACGUGGGCCUUUAUUUGUCACUUGUGCGCUUCACAGUGUUUUGUGCCCACAAUGUAUUAUGCACUUUUCAUAGUCCCUAAAAUAAAAAAUUUCCACGGGGUAGAGAGCAAACCCCAGCCAUACCUAACACCACAUGCAGCUACACCCUGUAAGCCACGUGAAAAGUUUUCUUCUCCUUCCGAUCUAAUCUAUCGCCACAGUCUUAAUUAAAUCUUUUCUCUAGCCCUAAAAAAAUUUUGAUGAGCUGGAUAGACAGCAGUUCUUCUUUAAUUUGAAUUCCCUAAAAAACUCCACUUGCCCAUUAGGUAAGUUACGUAAGAACAGAAUUCACUAGCUCGAUAACAAAAUCUACUAGCCAAGGGCUAUCAGACACGACUUUCUUUGCACGCUGAAUUCUGAUGCCCUGCACACAGUAGAUACGUGUAUGUAAAGACAGGCAUUCAACUCAAAAGAUUAACUUUGUUUGCAGAGAGAGCCAAACGAGCACGUAUGCGGGAAGAAAGGCAGUGGCUCAUGGCUAGUGGUGAAUUUCAUCCUGAGGAACUGAAAAAUAGUUUUGGUCAAGAAGAAGAAAGCAAGGAAAGUGAAGUGGAAAAGAGACCCAGCUCACGAACUAGAGAAGUCGGAGAAGACAUUGACCUUGAGGAUAGAGAUGAAGACCUUUACACUGGGAUGUAUAAAGGUAUCAGAUCUGUUAAAAGAAGCUUACAUGCUGACAUAAAUGACCUGAUGCAAAUGCCCUAGGUAGCAAUGCUCCACCCCUCUAUCUCUCCACAGGUGUGGUAGUGGACAUUCCAAAGUGGUAAUGGGGGUUUUCACCCUCAACAUUUUUCAGGGAAGCAAAAAUAGAAGGAUUAAAGAAUCACUGACACGUGUAUGAUUGUGAGGUGACAAAGAAAAACCUUGGUAAAAAUUGUAAAAUUGUACCCACGAAGCAAUUAGGAGUUCUUAUGAACUCAUUUAAAUGUGUCCAUGCAUUCCAGUUCAAAUUGGAAUUUGGAAGUGUUAGUUUUUAAGGAGAGGGGAAAACAGGAGUACCCAGAGAAAAACUUCUUGCAACAAGAGAGAACCAACAUUAAACUUAACCCAGGCUUCAAUGCUAGGAUUCGAACCCCGGGGCUUAUUGGUACAUUGGUGGAAGGCACGUGCCUUCACCACUGUGCCACCCUUGCUCCCCUUAGGUCUAGGGGUAAAGGACUAACUAGAAUACAGUUAGAAGUAUUGUUGUCAUCAGGUAGAUAGAGCCACACCCUGCAAGUAGAGCCUUUCUUUAAAAUAAUUACUUGAUUUUGGUGUACUUGAGAAAGACUCUGCUUGAAUUGAGUAAGAUCUUUGUUGAGCAUGCCUAUCCUAGCAUGUUGCUAAGAUGAAAAUUCAAGCCUAGGCCUUAUAUCCGUGCACUUGGUACACUGGGUUCUGUUAUGAACAUCAGUUUAUCAAUAAACUGAUGCUCAUACAAAAACGCAGUUUUCGAGAGGAAACAAGACUAACUAGCUGCAGCUACUUCAAAGGGUUGAUACAAUGCAUACGACGCCUCUUUUUCUCCUUUUCAAUAAAGAAGAAGACAGGAGACUCUGCUUGCAGAAUAAUAGGGCUUCAACCUGAUUUUUAGGGUACAGUAGUAAGAGCUGUGUGAUGUAAAAUACUGAGAUGCAUGUAACCAUAAUCGUCUUUCUUGACUUCCUAGUGUUGGAUGCCCUGAAGAAGCAUAACAAUGCUUGGCCUUUCCUGGAGCCUGUUGAAGAAUCUUAUGCACCUCAGUAUUAUGAAAUUAUUGAGGUACAUUGUUUAAGCUUUAAAUAUGUACUGUCCGUACUGUUUCAGACAAUUUUUCAGUAUUGCCAGUACAGCUGUACCUGAAAAUUUGAUGUUCCAUCAAAACACCCUUGCACUGAUGAAUAUAUUUUUUUGUAACCUAUGUGUUAUUACAGCCGACUCUUAACAGGCACCUCCAUAAAACAGAUACCUAGAGUUGGUCCCUGCCUUUCUUUACUUCCUUUAUUUGACUCUCUGUAAGAUGGACAUUACACUUAGAUGGACAUUUAGUGCAGGUCCCAAAGGUGUCCAUGUUAUAGAGAGUCAGCUGUAUUCACUUUUAAUUUUUUUUGCCAGGAACCCAUGGAUUUGUCUACCAUUGAGCAGAAACUUGAUGAUAGUAAAUACAAAAGCAUAAACGAUGUGAGUAGUGCUAAUUAUCUUUUAUUUAUUGUGUGAAUUGUGCAUUCUGUAUACCACACGGGCUUAUUUAGUGCUAACCUAAUUUUACAUUGUACCUUGACAUUUUUAAGGGCUUAGUUAUUUACUCAUGGGAAGAGUCUCUGUGCAUUUUAACCGACCUUAAGUUUCUGAAUUCUGCCCAAUGGACAAAGCUGAAUUAUUGAAUAAUUAUGAUGGUGUAGUGAAAGAUGCUGUGCUUUAGGCUUUGAUAGUUCAGCUGCCAGUGCCACACAAGGGUGUGGUCAACCUUUCAUGCAUUGGGUGGGUAAUUAAAGAGUUCUCGGCAGUUGGGAUUCGUCCAGUUUUAUUAGCUUUUUUGAUUCACAAAAGAAUUUCUUUAGCUAAUAUUUUCAAUUGUGUUAAUCACUGGUGAGUUCUGUUUCAUUACAGUUUACUGCAGAUAUGAAGUUAAUGUUUGAAAACUGUCUGGAGUACAAUGGUUCUGAUAGCAGUAAGUGGAUUUUCAUGUCCUCAUAAUUUUUGAUGCAAGUGCAGUUUUGGCAAUGUAAAUUCACAAUUUCAAAUUUGUUAAAAAUUAAUUUAUGAAGAGAAAUAUGAUGAAAAUUACUACUGCGAAGGAGGUUUGGAUAUGGUAUCCUGAAGACCAGAGAAUGUUUCACAUUGACAUUUUGGCUUUGGAUUUCUUCAAGAAUAUUAUUGUUUCAAAUGAAGAAUCAAGUGAAGAAUGGCCUUCACAGUUGUGAACUCAAUUUAUGCAAUUGUGUAAGAAGCCUGAAAAAAUUCAGGACUUCAAUGGGAUUUGAAUUCGUGACCUCAUUCGUGCGAUGCUCUAACCACCUAAGUAAGCUAUGAAGCUAUGGAUGUUGGGAGCUGGGCAAUUAUGUGUUUGUAUGUUCCCGUGAAAGAGAUGAAUGUGACAAAUGUAUGUCAAGCUAAAUUUCAUUGUCACACACAUUUGUCGCAAUAUUAUUAUUUGCCAUCUGACAUUGGAUGAAGAUUUUAAUCUGAUAUCAGGAUACCUUGAAGUGGAUUAUUUUAAAAAAACUAAGCUGUGCCUUUGUUUUACGGGUUAAUUUAGAAAAGAAAGUCAGGACUUUCUUUCCCCAGGGACAAAGUAAACUGUCCAUAAUAAUGAGGUGUCCGUAGUAGGCGGGGUUUGACUGUACUUCAUGUCAUCAUUAAUUGGGAACUAACUAUCUACCCCAUUUUUAUUUAGUGUACACAAAAAUGGCCAACAGUCUGGAAGCUGCUUUCAACCGGCAACUAAAGAAACACUUUCCUGAAGAUGAUGACAACAGUGAUGAGGAUUUCGAAGAAGAACUUGCGAGGAAGAGCAGAAAAGAGAAGAGAAGGCGUGGUGAGGCAGGUUCUGGGCCAGAGAUGUUUCGUAAUGCACCGCAAACCAAUGAAAGCCCCUUUGCAAAGCAGAUGGGGCCACCUGGCAUGCAGCCAAUGUUUCAAAAUCGCAUGUUACCUAACAACAUGGCUAAUGGGGGUAUGAUGCCUUCCCAUCAUCCUUCAAGAAUGCCAUUUCCAGGGCCCCCACACUUUGCCCCAGAUGGAAGGCCCCUAUACCCACCACAGUUUUAUCAGAACGCAUUCAACCCAGCUGCAUUUGGGAGAUACGGUAUGUCACAACCAGGACCCCAGUUUAAUAGGUUUAGAUACCCUCAAGGGAAUCCUGUGAGCCAGAUGGGUCAGCCACCCCAGGCGUCUCCUUAUCCACCACAGCACAUGGCUGGAAGGAUGCCAUUUCCUUACAGAAUGCCGGGUGCAGGUGGAAAUAUGGAGCUUGCACGUAGAGAGAAUGACAUGAAUAGCCCUAAUCAGACGGAACAAGCAAGGCAAGCAUCCCCACAGCAGGCUGUCCCAGCAGUGUCUACAUCAGGUAUGUCUGUUGUAGCUAUUUUUUGAUCUUAGGUAAUUUAUAUUUUUCCUUUGUUUCAACCUCAUUAGCAUGCAUUACGAAACCCAGAAACAAAAGAAAAACAAAUGGUAUACAUGUACUGUACAAUGACUAUCGUAUGAAAUAAAAAAGUGUUUCUAACACUCCUCUUACUGUGUUUAUAUUGGCUGACUGUUGUCAUUUGCUUGGAGUUGUCAGUUCCCUUGGCUUGUUUACAGACAUUCCGUUUUCUCUCUAGAGAAAAGGGCUAGGAAUUUAUCGACCGUUAGCGCAAAGGGGUGGAGGUGGGUAGAUGAAAACAAAAAGGUCUAUGGACACCCUCAAGUGUCAUGAUGAAUCAUAUCAUAUGGGGAAAAAUUAUUAAGGUUUGGUAAACAUAACAUAACAUAACAUAACCUUUGGCCGCGUUUACGAGGGUCAUUGAAAACUCAAGUACGAACCAUGGCGCAAUUUUAAUUAACAAAAUGCGUGUAACCAGUGCUGUUUACUCGCACCCUAUGUACGUUUGUUGAUUCACCCCCGUGUGGAUGAUUGUAUUUCCAGGAGAGCCAACACCUUCCUCGGUAACUGGAGGUACAGAAAGAGGACGCCAGCCCCAACAGCCCCAUGGAGGACCACCUUAUUACCGACCUCAGUCCUUUAAUCAGGCGCUCCUUGGGUACCCACGUAAUGGUCCCAUGCCUUAUGGGGCACCUGGUGUUGCACCGUAUGGGCAACCCGUGGUACCUGGGAGAGAACCUUGGCGCAUAGACCGACGGACCCCUGAAGCUGCUCCUCAGAGAGUACCAUCAACAGAGUCGCCCCUUAGAGAAGAAGGUACUGUUAAUUAACGUCGUUUUGAAUCAAAGUAAUUCAGGACUACCCUAUGUUUGUCUAAAAACUGAAGUUUACGGCCUCUUAAUACAGCAAUGCCCGAUGUGACAAAUCGGCUAAUAACGCAAGUCCGAGUUCAUGAUUUUUCAUUCUAUUGGCUAUUUCUGUUCGUUAAUUUUCAGUCCAUUACUAGUUUUAAUUGCUGCCAACAAGGUGUGAACAAUCAAGUAGUGAAGUUUUGUCAAUACGAACUUAGAAAUCAGAGAUGCUGAGGCCAGAUUUCAAUGAUUUGACAUACAGUAUUAUGUUAACGUACCUUUAACAUUUGAGUAAGGACUGAUAAACGUUGAAACCAAGUAUGUUGGCCGUUCAAAUAAUUACAGUAUCUUUCUUUAAAAAUUAUUUUUUGCAAUCGAACCUCCUGUAAACAACCGUUCUGUUCAUUUUGAGCGCAAGUGAUUUGCGUAAAAUAAUGUUGAAGGCCUAUAGAACAAAUGAAGGGUUCCUGCCAUUUUGUAGCUUGAGAAAACAGCAGACAUUUCGCGACGCCACCAAAGGUUUCCCCGCGAAAUGACGUCUGAGGAAGGAUCGGAGAUAUUCCAUACUGUUGACUCGUUAAUACCCAGAUCUGGAUAGUGCUCCUGAUUGGUCAAAGAAAAAUGUUUGAUCAAUCAGAAUCACUUCCCAGAUCUCAGUAGUGGCACACCAUCAGUAUGGAAUUUCUGCGCUCUUUGUUCAGACGUCAUUUCGCGGGGAAACCUUGAUAGCGUCGCGAAAUGUCUGCUAUUUUCUCGUGCUAGCGAUUUUGAAGCAGUAAAUGAUGUUCAGGUAAACCGCUUAACUACUUUUCAUUUUAUUUAAAGGUAAAGCGAGAGAUCCCUCUGAACCAACAAGAGACGCAGCGUUGCGUCCCACAGGCAGCAAACAAGCAAGUGAAAGUUCAGAUAGCGGCGAAGAAGAAGAACAGCAAGGUGAACCUAAAGAAAGCCGACCUAAUGAAAGGGACGAACUGAGCGUUGAAGGAAUGCAGCAACAACAACAGCAGCAGAGGAAUAAAGUUCCAGCCACGCUUUCUAUUAGCCACAUAUUAAGCGGUGCUUCAAGGGAUGACCAUCAUCGCAAAGAAAGUGCUACAGCGCAGGACAGCUCUGCUCAGGGUGCUCCACAGGGAACCCCAACUCCGCAAGGUGCACACCCUAUGCCUCAUGCUUCCGCGCGCCAAGGCAUGAGGUCACCAGACAGCAGGGAUAGGCUCACUCCAUCAAACGAGCAAUUUAAUAUGGCUUCUGGUAAAGGACCAUUUGAGAACAUUACAGGAAGGGCCUCUUACGAGAACCCGCACGGACGAUCCCCUUAUAGAAUGGCACCUAAUGAGGCCUUAGACAGACCUGGUCCAUAUGGGGACCCUCGUCGGCAAGAGUCUUAUGAACAUAAUGUGGGGAUGAAAUUUAACGAUAGAAAACAUUUAGGAAAUGCCGCGGAGAGCGUUAUUAAGAAAACCCCUCACAGUACGGCUUCUGAUUUAGGUUUCUACAAGAAAAUGCCGGAACUGAGACCGAUACGCGAGGCGAACGACAGUGAGGAAGAGCAGCCAAUGCAAGAUAGAACAGUGAAGAGUGUAUCUGAAAACGGGCAUUUAGAGCCUGCUAAAACAGACGCUGUUGGUCAGCGGAUGUCAGGUGACAUGAACAAACAUCUGAAGGAAGGAAGCCCGAGGGGGGUGGGGGUACCGUACAAAGGCUGGCCUGAGCUACAGUUUGAUUCGUCUUCUAUCACUCCAGGCGGCUUCCUUCAAGAACUUAACGAUGCGGGGCCACCAUCCUUGCCUGGAAUGGGCGGCGAGAAACCACCUCCUGAUAAGAAUAAUCGCCUGCCUUUUACGUCCAUGUUAAGGGGAAUGAACCCAUCCCAAGGGAAUCCGGUUGAUCGCAGGGCCCAGUAUUUAAGUUUAGAUGCGGCGAAUCGAGCGAGGAUGCGAGAAAACAUGUUAAUGGGCAAUUUACUGCACAGCGCUGAAGAGAAACGCGAGAGGUUUGAAGCGGGUUCUCGCGCAGGUGACAUGAGUGCUUAUAUGUACGGCAACAAACAUCCUUCAGAAAUGAUACCGCCUGCUCUUCAAUAUCGACCAAACAUAUCUUCAGCUUCACACCAAAGAAACGUGGACCCCUCAGAUAUGCCACCGGGAGCGAAUUCGCAAUUUGUGGACCUGAAUUCCAUGCAAUACCGGUAUCCCGGGGGACUCCCAGGAUCCCGGGAGUCUCUGUCUAGAGAACAGAUGUAUUUUCUUGAACAGCAGCGGAGACAACAGAUGGCGUCCUCAAUGGACGCUAUGAUGGCAGGGGGGCAGGACCGUAUGAUGGGUUAUGGUGGUAUGUUACGUCAGCAGCAGCUGUUUAACGCUGCGUACGCAAGUCACAUGAGGAACGGCCAGUAUCCAGGUUUUCCAAGUGAAGGUGAGAGCCCUUUGCAUAAUUAA